CGCUCAUGUUCUACGAACAUGUCAUCACGCUCGGUCAAGAGGUCAAAUUCAUGUGGUCAAACCGAACACCCUCAACAAUUCUGUUCUUCAUCAAUCGACUGGCUGCUCUCGUUUAUGGCACAUCGUCGGUUGUAUCCUUGAUCAAUGUUCACUCUACGGCCAGCUGUGAGAUGGUAUCAAACAUUUUAUACGGUAGCGACCUCGCUAUUUCGAUAGUAUCCGGAGUGGUCACGUUAUUGCGAGUUUAUGCAAUAACCUCUCGCGAUUGGCGUCCUACGAUACCUUUAGCGCUGCUAUUUGUUGCAAUGAUCGGGUUUAAUACUGUGUUCGCAUUUGUGAACAUAUCGUACGAGGUCAUCGUUCUAGGACCAACCGCGGUAUGCAACGGUUUCACACAAGACUCCUUUGCGAACACCUCCUCAAAGUUGUCUAUUGCAUCCCUCGUAGUUUCUAUGGUUGCCAACAUCGCGGUGAUUGGCAUCAUUUGGAGAACGCUGGCCAGCAGUCUCAGCUUGACUUCUCCUACAAUAUUUCCGCGAAAGUCAUCGCUUGCAAUAUUGCUACUACGGGAUGGCACAAUUCAAUUCAUAACAUUGUUACUCAUGAAUGUGGUCGGAGAAGUGCUGUCCAUUGCUGAUCAGCAAGGUCAAUACAUCUUCAACAACUUGCAACCACCGCUUGUUGCCAUCCUCGUCUCUCGUAUGCUGCUGAACAUCCAUGAGACAGCAAUGGCUACACGUGGAGAACAAUCCAGCACUCCAUCAUUCGUGCGCUCGGGUCAUGGAGUCCAGACUGAGGCACAUCUUCCCGACCUCAUAAUCCCUUCCGAUUCCUUGAACAGCAUCAUCGCGUCGGGAAUGGAGGCAAGACGUUCCAUGGCCCGUAUGGACCAGUCGAAUGCUAUCAUUGAUGAGGGAGUCAUCGCCGGUCCUUCUGCUAAGGUUUGUAACCAUGAAAACGCAGAAGCUCCGGAAAGCAUGACGACUGAACGCUCGGGAGAGACGCACGGGGAGGACCUGGAGCGAGUGGCUAUCAACCGUUUCGAAGAAGAGGAUGAUUGGGAGACAGAUUAUUACGAUGAGGAAUGAGGCGACCCUAUGCUUCAUUGCUACUUCAGCAUUUGUGGUCAUAUCGUUACUUACUGGAGCAGAAUGCUUUGAUAC